GCACGCACGCGAUGGCGAUCGACUAACCAUCGAUCGCUGUUGGUUACGUGCGUUUCGUGAUUUCUUUCCGAGCCUUAUUAAUGGAGGUGGUGGCCUAAGUUUUGGAGUAGUUGCGCUCGAUGGAGUCAUGGAUGAGGAGGAGGGACGGCGGUGGUGACAAGCGCCAACCGCGGAUUUAUGGCGCGAAGAGGACGUACGCGCCGCCGUAAUGGCGGGAGUGACGACCGAUCCACGCUCCAGGAGUCGUCGUCGUCGUCGUCUUCUCCUUCUCGUCCACGUCCAGGUUCCUUGGCGGUUGGGGCGGGAGGCGCUGAGGCGUGCCGCGUCGCGCGCGAGCGAGCUCUCGCCUUUAAAUACUCUCCCCCACCUCCGCUGGCUCAGCCACACGCACACCCACACACGCAACGAUCGGUUGAUCGGCGGCGAUGGUCGCCGCGGAGGAGAACCCGGAGUCCUUCUUCGCCGCGGCGCCGCCGCUGCGCGACGCCGACGCCUUCGCCGCGAGGCUGGCGGAGUUCCUCGCCCGCAACUCUGCAGGUAUACGAGAGGGCGGCCGUCGGCGGAUCGUGUGCGUGACGUCGGGCGGGACGACGGUGCCGCUCGAGCAGCGCUGCGUGCGGUACAUCGACAACUUCAGCUCCGGCCACCGCGGCGCAGCCUCCACCGAGUAUUUUUUGAAGGCUGGCUAUGCAGUAAUCUUCCUCAAUCGACGGGGGAGCUGCCAACCUUACUGUAGGUUCCUCCCCGAUGAUUCAUUCCUCAAAUUCUUUGAUGUCGAUGCAGAAUCGAAGGUUCAAGUGGCGGAGUGCCACGCGCCGGUGGUCAAGAAAGCAAUUGGAGACUAUUGCAAGGCAAUUGAAGGUGGCUCUCUGCUGAAAGUCCCAUUCACUACAAUAUUUGAAUACCUUCAGCUAUUGAAGCUGGUCGCUACAUCUAUAAGCUCGAUUGGGCCACGCGGAAUGUUCUAUCUUGCUGCAGCUGUGUCUGAUUUUUAUGUCCCUUGGGAUAGUAUGGCCAAACAUAAGAUUCAGUCAGGUGGAGGUCCUCUGGACAUGAGACUUAGUCAAGUCCCAAAAAUGCUUUCAAUGUUGCGGAACCAGUGGGCCCCCUUGGCAUUCUGUAUAUCAUUCAAGUUGGAGACAGAUCCAGACAUCCUUAUUCAGAAAGCAGAUAUGGCUCUGAACAAGUACAAGAUGAACAUCGUUGUGGCCAAUUUGCUUGCGACGUACAAAGAGGAAGUCAUCAUUGUAACAGACAAAGAAAGGAGUACUAUUCGGAAGAUCAACAAAGACGAGGAUUUGGAAAUGCAGAUGAUCAAGAUUCUAUCACAGAAUCACUCGAAGUACAUAUGUGGCAUCACAAACGAGUGCAACCAGAGUCCAGAUUGAAAUGCCACAAUCUGUACUGUACCGUUUCACAUUAGAUUUUCAUUUACAAAUACUAAAAGCG